AUGGCCAAAGAGUACCAGUUCAGUUGGAAGCCCAACAUUCCUGAUGCUCUUCUGAAGGGUUAUGAAUUCGAUAAAUAUGAUGAUGAAAGUAUUUGUCUAGAAUGUGGCACAUUUCUUCGUGUAGAUGAAUAUGGUUUUUUUUUAUACUGGACAUCAGAAGAAAGGAAAGAUACAUCGGUGCUCGACCUUAUUCUGGUCUGGGAAGCAAGACGUGGUAUAUUACCAAAAGAUGGGCGGGUGAUGUUUGAAUUGGAACAGCAUGGACCUCGUGAAACCAUUGAAGACAGAACAGUUUGGCUUACAUAUGGUCCUGAUCUCGUCAGUGUUAGCAAUUACUAUUUGGUCGCGGAAGAUAUUGAAAUUGCCAAAAUCUGGCGAAAUGGCCUAAAUGAAAUUUUAAGAACAAGUAAGAUGCGACAUAUUUCUUAUACAACAAGCCUGAUGAAGAAUUGGCGAUAUUUGUGUCUCUGUUUGAAUGAACAUCAAAAAAUUCCCAUAAAAAAUAUUGUCAAAAUUUUUUCCGGUGGUAAAACAGAUCGAAUGGUACAGAAAUGUCUCAGUGAUCUUGGACUUUCGGGCAAUAAGGAGCAUGAUGAGCUUGAUGUGAAAUUAUUUACUUUUGACAAAUAUUUGCGCUUGUAUUAUAAAAUUUGUCCACGAAGUGAUGUGCAAGAAUUAUUUGUAAAACUAAGUGGUCAGAAAGAAUAUCUUACCAAAGAUCGUUUGAUAAAUUUUUUGAAUGAAGAACAGAGAGAUCCUCGGCUGAACGAAAUAUUGUUCCCAUUUUUUGAUGAUAAAAGAGUAUUGAAUCUAAUAUCAAAAUACGAAACAGAUGAAAAUUAUAUAAAUAAUGGGAAAAUGUCUGGUGAUGCUUUCUUACGGUUUUUGAUGUCUGAUGAGAAUGCACCAGUAUUUUUAGAUCGAGUUGAACUUUAUCAAGAUAUGGAUCAACCUCUGUGCCAUUAUUAUAUCAAUAGCUCACACAACACAUAUCUCACAGGAAGACAAUAUGGAGGAAAAAGUUCAACUGAAAUUUACCGUCAGGUUUUACUGUCGGGGUGUAGAUGUAUUGAAUUAGAUUGUUGGGAUGGUACUGGGGAAAAUAAAGGUGAACCAAUUAUCACCCAUGGCAAAGCAAUGUGUACAGAUGUUUUUUUCAAAGAUGUGCUCUAUCAAAUUCGAGACACUGCUUUCGCUAGGUCCGAUUUUCCAGUGAUUUUAUCAUUCGAAAAUCAUUGCUCUAGAUCAAAUCAACUCAAAAUGGCAAAAUACUGCAUGGAAAUACUUGGUGAUAUGUUGCUAUCAAAGCCUUUGGAUGAUAAUCCGCUUGAACCAGGAGUACAACUGCCGUCACCCAAUCGUUUAAAACAUAAAAUAUUGAUUAAAAAUAAGCGAUUAAAAGCGGAUAUUGAAAAAUUACAAAUGGAGCAGUUUCUGCGCGAGGGUAAAUUAGAUGAAGAAGAUGAACCGAUCGAAAAUCCAGAAGCUAUUGUCGGCGAGGAAAUUUCAGCAUUUUCACUUGAUGAUCAGAGAGCACAUCCGGAGGUAGAAGUUUGUGAUGCACAGUCAACGUCUACAUUAGACGCAAAUGAUGGACCAUUAAGAGAUUUGGAUGAAGCGCAUCCUGAAUUGAAGCAAACAAAUUUCAUAUCAAAGUUGAGACCUCUUUCUGGAAUUGAAUCACCACCACACAUCAGUGGAAAUGUGGCAUUACCCAUAUUUCCAUCAUCAUCAUUCCGCAGCAAACGAUCAUUUCGGCGAGCUUCACGUGUGCCGGAAUGUGAAAGCAGUGGCGGGAGUUUGAGUGCCGCAUUAUUGGAUCCACAGCCACAGCUUUUUUGGAUGAUAGGACGAGUACGAGAUUUGCUGGAAAAUAAAAAAAAUGAUGGAAAUCAACAAUUAACAAAAGAAGAGGAGGAGCGCAUUUUUGCGGAAUAUCAUUAUACGGGUGCAACCACCAAUAUACAUCCUCUGUUAUCAAGCCUUGUUAAUUAUACUCAUCCAGUGAAAUUUUCUGGUUUCGAUGUUGCCGAAGCGAAUAAUUUGCAUUUCCACAUGUCUUCAUUCUCCGAAAGUACGGGUUUGGGAUACCUGAAGCAGAGUGCCCUAGAGUUCGUUAAUUAUAAUAAGCGCCAACUGUGCAGGAUAUAUCCAAAAGGCGCUCGCGUAGAUUCUAGCAACUUCUUGCCUCAGAUAUUUUGGAAUGCCGGUUGCCAGAUGGUAGCAUUAAAUUUUCAAACUCCCGAUAUAUCUAUGCAGCUCAAUCAAGGAAAAUUUCAAUAUAACGGUGGAUGCGGGUAUCUUUUAAAGCCAGAUUUCAUGAGACGUCCUGACAGAUCGUUUGAUCCAUUUUCGGAAUCUCCUGUUGAUGGUGUAAUUGCAGCACACUGCACCGUGAAGAUCAUAUCAGGUCAUUUUUUAUGUGAUAGAAAAAUUGGCACUUAUGUAGAGGCAGAAAUGUAUGGUCUUCCAACAGAUACAAUACGAAAAGAACAUCGAACACGUACCGUACCUGCAAAUGGAUUGAAUCCUGUGUAUAACAGCGACCCUUUUGUUUUCAGAAAGGUCGUUUUACCAGAAUUAGCGCUUUUGCGUCUUGCUGUUUAUGAUGAAAAUGGAAAACAACUUGGGCAACGAAUACUACCGUUAGAUGGUUUACAAGCAGGCUAUCGACAUAUAACACUUCGUACAGAGUCGAACCUACCCAUGGUAUUGUCAUGUCUUUUUGUUCGUAUUGUGAUCAAGACUUAUGUUCCCGAUGAGCUCAGCGGUCUAGUUGAUGCAUUGGCAGAUCCACGUGCCUAUGUUUCUGCACAAGAAAAACGAACGGAGGCUCUACAUAAUAUGGGCGUUGAAGAUUCGGAUAUAGUGGAAGUGACAUCGAGUUCAUUGAGGACAACAUCAAACAAAACUAUGUCACGAAUAAAUGGCAGUUUACUAGAUCAAAACUGCGAAUUGCCGAAGUCAUCACUAUUAUCGAAAGAAUCAGCUCGUCCGAAUAUGGAUGCUACAGAUGGCAAGCAGAAGAUGGAAGCGAUCAAUAUUAGCGAUUUGAAGAAAGACAAAUGUUUCCAAAAAUUGAUUCGGAAAUUUCAAAAAGAUAUGAACGAACUAAAGAAGCGACAUCAAAAACAGAGAGAAUUAAUUCAAAAGCAGCAGCAAAUGAAUGUCGAUAAAUUGAUCUGUGACAGUUAUAAGCAUUCUAAAUGGCGAACAGUGGUUAAUAAUUCAGGGAAUCAAAAGCAUCAAUCACUAUCGUAUAUGAAAUCCGAACCAAUAUCACGCAAUGUCGACAUGACUAAUAGUUAUAAAAUGAAAUCUUUAGUAUUGUUUCAAACUGAUGAAUGGUCAUCGAUGAUGCGAAGGCAUGAAAGAGAAUGUCACGACUUAAGGAGAGCGCAAAUAAAAGAAGAAUUUGAUUGUUUAGGGAAACUCCUUCAAGAUGCUCAAAAACAGCAAAUGAAUAUGUUGAAGCUAAGGCUUGAAGCUGAGAACAAAGAUUUGAAGCAAGCCCAAACAAAAAAGAGUAUGGACGAUGCUCGAGCUAUACAACAGGAUAAAACCAUCAAAACAAAGGCAGAAAGGGAUCGACGAAUAAAAGAAAUGAAUGAAAAAAAUUUGAAAGUAUUCUGCGAAGAACGGAAAAGGCUGGCUAUAAAGGCCCAGAAACAUGAGGAACAGUUGAUGAAAAGGCAUGGAGAGCAGUAUGAACAGUUCGAGAGAGAUGCAGAAAAGGAGCUAGAAUUGGAGGAAAUGAGUCAUCGAGAAACUCAGUUGGCAUCAAAACCUGCAUCUAUUUGCUGA